AUGAAAAAAAUCGACGUGUUUUCUAUGCAAAUUGUUUCGUUGUAUUUUGACGACGAAAAGGACUUUUCCAAUGUUAUUCAAGUUUGUAAGAAAUAUGCAUUGUUACUCGACCGGUUCAGAACUAAUCCGAUCAGAAUUACAAGAAAAAAUACUCAUUUAUUUCCUUAUAUCCAAACGCAACAAGUCUUUACUCCAUUGGACUUUUUAAUAGAAAAUAUACAAAGGAAAUGGAUUUUAUAUCCCGUCACUUAUGAACAAUUUAUUACUAACAAUGACUCGAAUGUUAUAUACAAAAAAGUAAAAUUCACACGAAAUGACGCUAAACUAAUAAAAUACAUUCCAAAGACCGUUUCUGUGAUAGGAAUUGAAGGUAUGCGUGAUAUUAAUAGUUUGGACGUUUUCAACAUCCCAACUCGAGUCACUCAAUUGGAAAAAAGUGCUUGCAUGUUUUGUGAUUAUUCGUUCGUUGAAAUACCACCAACUCUUGUUUCCAUUGAACGAUCGGCAUUUUCUAAUUGCUCCAAAUUGACGGAAGUUGUACUUCCAAACAAUUUUUCAUUUAUUUCAGAAAAACUGUUCUAUUCGUGUACUAUGCUUCAAAAAAUCAAUUUCCCGAGUGACUUGCGUUUUAUUGGAGAAAGUGCAUUUUGUCGAACAAAACUACCAAAAAUUACAAUUAGCCCCAAUUACGUUUUGCAGGGUUCAAUUUUCAUGGAAUGUUUUAAUUUGUUACAAAUCACAUUUUGUGGACAACUUGUAAUUCCUCAACAUAUCUGUGAGGGGUGUUCAUGUUUAAAACAAGUGAUGUUUGACGACUCAAUAGAGUACUUUCUCGAUUUUUGUUUCUCAGGAUGUUGCAAUUUAGAGGAUUUUGUUGUGCCAAAACAUCUCAAAUUGAUAGGUAAUUUUUCAUUUAAAAAUUGUUGUUCAUUAAGACAUUUGACAUUCCCAAAAACAUUAAAUAAUGUUGGUGCGUUUGCAUUUUCUAAUUGUAGCAAACUUGAAGAUUUGAUUUUUUUGAAUGAAAAAGUUGUGUUGUAUGGAGUUGGUAAUUUUGAAAAGUGCGCUUCACUCACAAAUAUCCAAAUUCCAACGUGUUUUACAAAUUAUAAAAAAGUAUUUAAAUAUCCAGUCACUGUAAGUGACGAAGUUAUUUUAAGAAAAUUUCAUUUAAGUGGGUUAGAAAAGCAUUCCCAAAAAGAUGACGACUUUUUCAAUAAAAGUAAAAGGUAUUUGGAUUAUAAUGGAAUAGCCAAUUUAGAGUUUUCAAAUCCAAAUUAUUAUAAAACAGCUGAUUUGGGAACAUCACUGGAUAUUAUAGAAAGUGGUUAUUAUUCGUUUGAAUGUUUGUCUUCAUUAUUUAUCCCAUCAACGGUUGUUUUAAAUGGAACAAACGCGGUUUGUUGUUUGGGGUCAAGAAAUGUGAUAUUCCCAAAAUACGCAUUUUUAAUGUCGCCACAACCAAUUUGCCCUAUUCAACUCACACAAAUUGUAUUUCCAAGCAAUUUCACAAAAUUGGAAAGUCAAAUGAUCAAAGGAUAUGAUUUAACAAGUUUUCAAAUUCCAACAAGUGUGGUGGAAGUCGAGAAAAAUGCUUUUUACUUUAUGCAUUUGUUGUCUUCAAUAACAAUUCCAAAUUCAGUUACAAAAUUAUCUGAAAGGUUUGUUUGUGGCUGCACAAGGUUGAAAACUAUUGUCGUUGAAAAUGGUUUGAAGAGUCUAAAUUUAGACGUUAAAAAGGUGAUUGAACAAAACAAAGUACAACAACCGUGGUCUAAAAAUGGACUUUACAUUCCACAAGAAGAAACUACGACUUUAGAUACAUUCAUAAAUUUUAGUGAUUCAUUGACUAAAUUAAUAAUCCCAAACUCAAUUCGGAAAAUCGGAAAUAACACUUUUAAAAGUCUUACCAAUUUGAAAGAAAUUGUUCUUCCAGAAAGUCUCAAUGAAAUUGGAACACAUAUAUUCCCAGAAGAUGGCAAUUUAACUAAAAUAGACGUGAAAAACAAUAAUAUGGACAAAUUCGUCGUGAGUUACAAUUUUUCACUUAAAAUGAAGGAAUUUGGAUACAAAUUCAAUAACGUUGAAUUUCUAAAUACAGAAAAAGAAAUAUUUGGAAACUGCGUAAAUAUAAAGAAAGUUAAAAUUUUUGAAGAUGCAACGUAUUUUAAAGAUAAAUUAUUUAAUACAAUACCUCAUUUUUUAUUAACUUAUUCUCAACUUAAUUUGUCAAUAACUUCCAUAUUAUUUCCUACUGAAAUUUCUUGUUUAAUUAGCAAUUCGUUUUCAAAUUCAAAUAUUAUCUUUAUUGAUAUUUCUCAUAUUAAUUUGAUACCAGAAAUGUCAUUCACAAAUUGCGUUUGUCUCACAAAAGUUGUUUUGUCUACACAGUUAACUUUUAUUGGUUCAAAAGCGUUCCAAAACUGCGUGUCUCUCAAAGAAUUGUUACUUCCAAAUUUAUUGGUUGAAGUUUGUGAAUCUGCGUUUGAAAAUUGUUGUUGUCUGGAAAGUGUAAAAUGUGACUCAAAACAUGUGAUUUAUGGGAAAAAAUGUUUUUCGAAGUGUUUUUCUUUAACAGGCGUUCCUCUAUAUUCAACCCUUUCAGUUGGGAUGUUCAUGGAAUGUUUUUAUCUUUCCAAAAUUGAAUUGUGUGAAGGAAUUACAAAAAUACCCGACUGCACUUUUUUUAAAUGUUUUUCGUUGAGCGUAAUUUCCAUUCCAAAAAGUGUGACUCAUAUUGGCGUUUUUGCCUUCAGAAAGUGUUAUUCUUUAAAAGAAGUUGAAUUUGGCGAAACACUUUGUUGUGUUGAUGACAGUGCAUUUAUGGAUUGUACAAACCUCGAAAAGGCUGUUUUUAAAAACAAAAAUAUCUUACUCAAAUCAGACUUAUUUGAGGGGUGUAUUUCUCUAAAAAAUUUGGAAAUUGGUGGCACAAUUGUAAAUUAUAAAACAGAAGUGAGUUUUAUGUUCUCCGAGCAAAUGAAAAAGAUUGGUAUUCAAUGUGAAAAUAUUGUUUUAAAGAGGACUGACGUUUUAAAAUUUGGAACUUUUAAUAUGGUUAAUGAACUUAAAAGAAAUAGUUUCAUUCGUCGAAUAGAUGAAGGGUGUUUUUAUCUAAAUAAUGAACUAUCAGCUAUUACAAUAUUAAGCAAUAUCUCUACUUUAGGAAAUUAUACAUUUUAUGGGUGUAACUAUUUAACACAAAUUUACAUUACAAAAUACACAUUUAUUCCCAAUCUCUGUUUUUUGGAUUGCAAAUAA